CUUAGAGGCACAGACAGGCGCUUACGAAGAUGCACGUGGCAUGCCCUCUACGAGAACAUUGAGGAUACCUGGUACUUUGACCAUUGCUAAAGUAGUUUGUAAAGUAGUGUCUUAUAACGCUACUUUGACCACUGCUCAAGUAGUACUUUUUCCCUCAUAUCCAUCCGCUAGGUUAGUCGUCCCUCGUCCAAUCAACAUGUUCGUAGCUGUUGUAAAGUCGUCAAAAUUAGUACAGUAGCAGCUCUCACGCAUCGACAGAGUAUCAUCUACUUGAACUGCAAUAUAUCUACGUCCUUGCGGCCUACUUAAGGCUCUAGUGCUACAUAGGACUGGAAAAAUGUUGUAAAUUAUAUCUCCUUCUUCUAGUAAGUUUCUUCUUCACCAAGAACUUCAACACCGGGGCAACUUCAACACCAGCCACAGUCGAUGCGAUCGGGCAAGGAGCGGAUAAGGCCUACUCCGUUAGUGCGAUUGUCUCUCUACGACCGCAAUUGUCUGAGAUGGAGGAUAGUUCUGGCGCCGUUAAGGUUCCGCUCGCGCGUUCCGGUUUGACGAAAACUAACUCCUCAAACGGCAAGGACAACGGUUGGAAAGGACGUGGUGGAGGGGACAACUACUCCGGAGCCGGUGGAUACUUUAACAUUAUGAAUUACAUGGAUCAUAUGCAUGGCCAAUUUUUAGAUAUAAGUACUUAAUUUUUGACUGUUGUACUUCCUUGCUUCUUCUUUUUGCUUUUGUUUUUCCUACUAGUGAGGCUGGUGGCUCCACCACUAUUAUUAAUCAUAACAAUAACUCCUCUGCUGUGGGCGGUGCUGGAGGAUACUUUAACAUUAUGUUGAGCGGGGGGCUAUAGAGUAUCUAGAAGUGUCUAUUGACGAUUACUUACUUGGAAGUGUCUACUGAUGAAAAUCAAAAUUAUAUCCAAGGACAUUUAAGGACAUUUUCGUAUUCGUUUUGAUGAGAAUGGGGAAUAAGUAGAUGUACCUGUAGAUUUCUUUUGUCGUAAUUCUUCAUGGAAAGGAAGAUGAAGAUGUUGUUCGAAAUUCUUCUUCUAGCUCGAUUCAUCAAUUCAGGACCAUCCUGAUGAAUAAAGAAAUACAAGCGGCUAGUUUUCCCUCAUAUACAACAUAGUAUACCAUGGGUUAGUCUGUUCCUUCAUCCGAUAAUGAAGAUAUAUCGUCUUCGUCAUCUUCCAUGAAUAAAAGACAUCAAUGCAAGAUUAUGAUUAUUAUUGUUGGUCUUACUUGAUAAUGACAUCAAUAACUCUACUUGUUCUUCUAAGAUGAGAGAAAACUCCGGUUUUGGCAACAGCUACGACAGAUCUGCGUAUGGCAAGGGUGCAGGUAAGGACUUGCCAAAUGGUAAAAACCGUGCCGCAGGGGGCGCAGAAUCGUGGCGACCACUUGCUCCGGCGGCUCUUUUAAGGCUUCUUGAUACCGAUAGAUUGAUUCUUCAACUUCAAACAAUGCUUCGUAGAAUUUUUUUUGAGUUGGUUGAAAGGAUCCUCACGACGAGUGUCCUCCUGUCGAACGAUUGUACUACUGCUGUUGCUGAGUAGUGAGUAGUCAUAAAUACAUAUAUAAUUGGCACAACAACAAAGCUGGAUACUCUCACUCGUAGUAUACUUACCUAAGAUACAACUUGUAGUAUACCUAUGACUUCUAAUCUUAGUUCACAAUACCUAUGUUGACUUCUAAUCUUAGUUCACAGUGAGCAAAGUUGGGCAAAGAGGAACGCUCAGCGACGGAAUCACGUGGAUGCUGACACCGAUGAAGACGCUGAGGUGACGAGGAAAUUGAAAGGUACAACUUCUAGUAGCCAUCCGAAGGAAUUAUGACUCAUUUAGAUCAAGCAUAACUGGGCAGCAAUGGGAAUGAGUAUAGCGUUUUCAGGAUGCAGCUGAAAACCUGAAAUGAGCUACAUCCUGAAACGAGAGUAUUUUGCAGCCAUACUGUUGGAACUGUAUCCUCCCGCCGGUAGGCUUGAAGGACUACUUGGGAUGCGCAUGAAUGAAAUCCGAAGGAAUGUUGACUCGUCAUUUAGAUCAAGCACAACUGGGCAGCAGUGCCAAUGAGGAGGAACCUUGCUCCAUGACUUUGCUUCGCAUUUUAACUACUGGAAAAGUGACGACUCGACUUCUCCAUCUAUCAUUUACUACAACUGCACCUCUGCUCCUAUACUUCGUUUUAAAAGCAGAAGUAGAUCUACCUUUUCCUAUCAAAAACUACAGAUCUUCUACCAAACUAGUACAGAUGCGAAUUUCUACAUUUUCUUAGUCUCUAUUCGCAACAUUGUCUGACCUGUCAACAACCUCCUACAGGUCACAUGAACAAAUUGACGGACGCAAAUUUCGAGAACAUCUAUGGCCAGAUCAAGGAGCUCUUGGCUAAGGAGAAGCACGUCAUCGUCUUAGUUCACGAAGUCUUCCAAAAAGCUAUCACGCAGCACUUCUUCAUCGACUUGUAAUUCUAAAUUACUGGUGCUUGCUCAGUUGUUGAUGCUGCCUUUGCAACUUUUCAAUUCUUGCAUGAAGAUCAUAGACGUAGCAGAGGAUGAUCACUCUUCGCUCAAACCUACUGGCUAACCUAGCCCUUAGGCUUGCAAUCCAGGAGGAGUGAUCCCCUCGGCUAAAAAGAAGCUGUUUGAAAUGAUCCUGGGGAACGUCGUUCAAACAGCUUCUUUUUAGCCAAGAAUGGUCAUGGUCAUGUACUUCAGGUUCGACCCUUACUGGCCGUUUUUGAAGCAAAACUUACACGAAGGCCUACCCUCCAUUCAUCCCCAUUCUCCCCUUCGAUACCUCCACGAAAGGUACACGAAGCUUACCGUCGAGUUGUCCAAGUAUCUCGAGUCGGCAGAGUAUCAGGGAGAGCAAUUAACCACGACAUUCAAGAAGAUUCUUGUGAAUGAGGUUCAGCAAACCUUUGAGGACUCGCUGACGAAUUCUAAAGCUUUUUCAGAUAAGGACAUGGACACCCACAGCGACGAAUACGAGGAAUUCGUCAAGUACUCUUAUUUACUAUCAUUCUACUGGCAACGACGCUAUUUUUAUUUUUGGUCCUUAAUUUUAAAAUUAUUUCUUAAUUGUACCCGCUUCCGCUAAGAUCAAUCUUGUCCUUUCUCUUUCAAGAACACGUAAAUAUUUACUGGACGAGAUAUUUUUCUAAGAGUUCGUUGUGUGGAUUAGGACGAAAAACAACGAGAAGAAGAACAACUCAUCUCCUUAUUUCGAUCUACUUCCUCGAUUCUACCACACAGGAAGAAGACCCGGAUUACUGGCAACGUGAAGUUUAUCGCCAACCUGUUGCGGGAAAAAAUGAUUGCCUCUAGGCUCUUUAUUGACGUUUCUCGCGAACUGCUUAUGCAGGAGAACGAGCUGACCUUGGAACUACUCUGCAUUCUCUGCGAAGCCUCUGGAUCAAUUUAUGAAGAUUUUUGACCCCAAUUUGAGAGGAGGUGUACUAUCUGUCGCAUGAGGAGGUUUCUGCAUGAUGCUAUCCUAUGUAAGUACUUGUCCUCCUCCUAUGCAAGUAGGUAGUAUCUUGUCAUCGUCCUAUGCAAGUACUAGUUGCACUAGUAUACAGCUCUUGAAAUCAUUCCCUUGCCUUUCUUCCCAUAUUAGUUGUCCAAUUGUUCCAAAAAGAAUAUUUUAUGAAAUGACAACUACAGAAGUUUCUGCUGUUGAAAAUACAACAGGAACAAGAAGGCUCUUCAUCAGGUUCCUUCUCUCUCUUCUCAGACACCAACCUCUUGUCAGGCAUAUCAAUCAAUCAAUCAAUCAGUCUACUUCUAACACAAGGCGAAAAUGGGAGUGGUGGACAAUUUCCAACGAAACGAGUUGUAUCCUAAGCUCACAGAGCUAUCCAAGUCGAAGAAUGUGAAGCCGCGUAUCCGCUUCAAGAUUCUGGAUCUGGUUGAGAAGACGAAGAAAUAGGAGAGAGGUGGAUUUUCUCGAAGUAGGAUCCAUUGUAGACUGUUUAGUGUGCAGUGGACAGUCUAACUCGUCAGUCGCACAGUUGUGUACAGAGGUGCUAACUUACUGAGUAGACACGUGCUCUUACUAAUGGUAGUUCGACGCACGUCCUCUUAGACUAGUUAGCACCUCUUUGACUAGUGACACCUCUUUGACUAGUGACACCUCUUUGACUAGGGUGGACAGAAGCAGGAGACCUUGCAGCUGCUCUGAAAAACGAUAGUUCUUUUCACAAGAAGCCUUAAAAAAUGUCAGUACUAGUAGUAUCUUCUCAGAAGUAACAAGAACUGGUAACUAGUAUCUUCUGUGCCGGGUAGUACUAAGAACUAUCUUCACCGGGUACUAGACGUAACUAGUAUCUUCAGUCCUGCUAAUAUAAUUGUUCUAGCGGUCAUUUAUAGUUACGUAUUUCACAGUUUAUAGAUGCUCUAUUUGAAGCGGUCGUUUUCCUCCUUUAUUAGUUUAGCACUGCAGUUGGUGUUCAAAUUUCAUUUGGUUCAGAAUGUGUAUCGUCUAGUAAGUGUUUUCUCAAUGAGGCAAGCUUCCCUCACAAAUGGAAGUGGAAGGCUCCUUUUUCCUUGUGUUACGAGUGACCGAUUAAUAAUAUUUGUCGGUCAUCAUGUAGAAGUUCAUGUUCACAUUACUAUGAUCGUGUCAACGACUAGUACUGCGUGAAGAUGCAUAUGUUUUCCAUCCUAGAAAAUUUUCGGUCUACGUAAUACUAGUAAAAAAGUCAACCAAGUAGAAUAAUCACCUUCAAUGUAGUUGUAGUUGAUGUACUCAACUCGUACAACUCAACACUACUUAUGAUUUCAUUUAUCGAGCACUGAAGAGGAUGGAAAAAACCAUUAACAAGAAGAGGGGUUUUUAAUGAUUUGCUCUUCAAGUGCUAAGAAGAAGGAAGAGUCGAAGCAGUAAUUAAGUUAUAUGUCGCUCAAGCGUCAAAAGAUACCUCCAGAACAGGUAAAUGAAUGAAUACUAAUAGUAUGGAAGCAUGCUUAAUACCAAAAUGGGUGAUAUUUGGUAGAGGCAACCUACUCAGGUGAAGAAGGUAGCUACUCGCUCUUUUCAGUUUCAUUUCGAGUACCUGUACCUCCAAAAAAAAUGUAUGAUGAAAAAUUGUAGAAAUCAACAUAGUUCCUCUUGUAUUGUAGAAAUCAACAUAGUUCCACGCGCCACUAUUGUGGACAUUAUGAUUCUACGAUGUUGAUGAAUACAUAGUACGAUUAUGUUGAGCCGGCUGACAAUGUUCAUGUUGCAAUGUCUGACAACUUCUAGAGGCAGUACUAGAGUUGAAGGUUAAUAUGGUCAACAUCUUGAGGGCCAUCGUUCCUGUACAAGGAACCUUAUACAACAACAAAAAAACAUGAUCCUUCCUUUCAACCUGUGCAAGGAAGGGCAUGAGGACCUUAUUUUCCUGUACAAGUAGGUGGAUGAGGAUGUCUACAACUUCUACGGCGUCCAGAAAUAACGCGGUAAAAACUACUGUCAAGAAGUUCUAAUCAAGAGCUCCUUCAUGAUCUUCAAGGUUAGGCAGUUGUUUCACGAGUAGAAGAAUUGUGAGGGAGAACAUCCACCAUAGCUAAACUACGUGGUUGCAAAGAACGAUGGUUGUAGCGCUCGACUGUUUACCUCUUCUACUCAAAGGCAGCUCAGCACGAGGAUAGUUGCGAUACUGACUAUUUCAGAUGAACCUUCUCUACUAGGCGACUAAGUUGUAUGGAACAAUUUGGAACGUUCCUAGUCGAAGGACGACUCCAUGGUCCUACUACUAGUACUAACGACAUGAGGUUGAGGAGGAAAAUUGGGCAUGUUGAUCGCAAAUCAACCACGACGACCCAUCUCGCACCUGUCAUGAAUGAGCCGUCCUCUUUGGGGUCGUAGUUGGAAGAAUCAAGUAUGUGUAAGUAUGAGAAUCUGAAUCAAUAAAACGCCGUAGGAUAUGAUGCUGGAUGCAUAUCUGACAACCUGUAGUGAUGAUGUGUUGUCGUUGUGGAUGCGUUGUAGCCGCUACCUUAGCUCCCAACACUUAUGCGUUGAUGAAUAUUUUCAACAUCUGUAGUCACCUCUACUAGACGUAUUCCUCAUCUAGACGUCGAACUAGUAGUUUUACUUAUAAUGAGCUGGAGCUGGGACGAGUGGGAGGCGAGCACGAUGGGCAUGCAGCCCUUCUCCUAAGCAGCGCGCAACCAACUUCUUUAUCAGGGGGUCGUCGGGAGCAUGUAAGUCUGACUCAUUACUUCCUCUACAUGAUCAGGAUCGUAAAAAGAAAACAGAUCAGGAGUAGAAACCAAGAUACGAAUAUUCUCUUAAGUACCUUUAGCUGUGUGUCGCAGUCAUGUAGCCAUUUUGUCAGUGGCGUGUGUGGGCUGCCAUUUUGUCUCUACGGUGGUCACGAAAGGCCAUAUCACAUGACAUAACCCGAACAACCGAUGCAAAAGGGCGUCAUCCCUCCUUGAAGCGUUGACGUUUACUUGGUUGAGACUAAGAAGGAGAAAGGACGUCAAGACUCGAACAUUAUAGAAAGAUGGAGAUAGUUGUGCUGUGUAUGAAGGGAAGGAUCAGCCUCUGAAGUUGUAAGAUGAUAAAUAACAAAUUGGAUACGUAGUUGGAUGAUUUUCUUAUGGACAACCUACCACAACUGGAUCGUCAUUUAUUUACAGAUUUCAUUCUGCUCCCCAGUAGUGCCAAAUACUAACUCACUCGAUGCACGAGGUCGUGGUGAGUUGUUACAACGGGUAGAUGAACUACAACAACGGGUACAUGAACUAGAACGUGCAGUGAAAUCUACAUCAGUCUUCACACACACUGAAAUCUACAUCGGAAGACAAAAUUUGCAUGAUGUAGAAGUUUGUUCGCACAACACGUUCUGGCAGAGGCAGGGUCGUUGACGAACAAGUCGCAUUUCCACCACCAUAGCUGAUGCCUUUAUGUGUGUGUGUGUGAUCGUAGAUGAGUCACAGCACAAGCACUCGUUCGUAGUAUUUCGCAUCUUCUACAUGUGAGGGGAUUCAGUGAAUAUUAGUCGUACCAUAUGAUUCCUACGACAAUUGCAUGCUAAAAACGUCGACUAGCAUAACUCCUCAUAAGCCCGUUGCGGAACACGAACAGCAUGUAGUAAAUACAAAAAAAAACCUACUCGCCCGAUUGAAUACUAUUGUGCCUUUGAUGGUCAGUAUUGCUAAUAUUAUAGAUCUUUUUCUGGUGACUGAUUGCGCUUAAAUCUUCGUGUCUUGUUCGACGUACUUGUAGUACUAUGUUGUAUUAAUACUUAGAAGCACCAGUGUUUUUCUUGAGAAGAACGUGUUGUAUUGAAUUGAUCGUUUAUUCGAUAAAUGUAAAUGAAUGCAGAAGUAGUAGUUGCUUGUUUAUCUAAUAGAGCGCAUUCAUGAUCCACCACGACGUUUUUUAGUGGUAGGUAACAAACUCUAGAAGCUAGUGCAUGAAGAUAUCAUGAGUCAUUUUUCUGUUGAUUACUAGAGACUUUCCAAUAAAUUUUCUUGUAUUGUUUGAUGUUGUUCAAGGAGAAGAAUGUACGUAGGCUCCUAGAAGAGGAGUAAGAAAUGCUGAUACAUAUUCACACAUAAUUGUUGACCACAUAAUAGUUGAAUGAUGUUAGAAGUCUGUUAUUUAUAACUUAUUGUUGGUUGAUAUGAAUAUGGUAUUGUUACUUACUAGUUACCACCAGUUGUAUGAAGAAGAAUUAUAAAUGAUGCUUUUAGCCUGCUUGUUGCCAACUACAUCAAGUAGUUGCUGUUUGGUAUUUGAUUUUUCUCGCAUCGUCUCUUCUAAUGAAAAUAUUUUUAUCAAUCUCACCACCCUACUUAGUCGUGUCGUGUUCUUCGUUGAGAACUACAAGUUUCUUUCAUCUACUUCAUGGUGAAAACUACAAGAACAAAAGAACAUGCAUGCUGAUGACGAAUCGAUGUUUUAGCCUUCGCAACAAAGACUAAGACACCACCUGCAUUGGAAUUGCUAAAACCACAACGGCGCACAAUCUUCUAACGGCGCAUCUGAUGCUGUAUCUAAAUCUAUUUCCCUCACCACCAAAACCUCCGAUCAUGAUAAAGCCAAGUUCUAGUUCUUGUAGAGCAUUUUCAUUUUCUGCGUGUCGCUGGAUGAAUGAACAAGAGGAGCGAUGAGGACGACCUGCGCGCCAUCUGUUUGCGCUUCUCCUCUUUGCUGGGAGAGAUCAGAGCAGCUUGGGUAGCAUAAUGGGACAGACGACUCUUGUAACUGUGUGCUCCUCUUUGAUGGAAGGCACUGCACCUUGAUGUUGUAAUUCGACAGACGAGGACGACCCUGCACAACUGAUGUCCCGUUCGACAGAGGACCCUGAAUAUGUAAGACUUCUCUGCGCCCACCCUAGCUGGUGCGCUGGCCCUCUGGCGGAAGACUUUGAAAAAA